UUCGCAACAAGUCGUGGGUGUCGGAUUAGCGGUAAAUUCGUAGAUUUCCCAGUGGAAAUUCGGCACGCUUGAAAGUGAAAACAAAACGCACACACACGCACACGCCUCAGCAGCAUCGAAUAUAAAUACAAAUCAAAAUCUAAGUGUAUCUCAAGAAAGGAAAAAAAAUCACAAGGAGAAACAAAAUUGUGCCAAAAACCAAGAAAAAUAAUCAAAAAUUUCAAAUCAAAUAGAAAUCUAAACAACAAAAAAAACCAAAUGGUAUAUUCGCCAAACCGAGCAUAAAGUGAAAGAAAUAAUAGUGAACUACCUACCACCCCUUGUUGUUUGCUCAACCGCCCUGCAAGUACACGCAGAGAAAUAGUUGGGUGGAAACGCACACACACGGCAGAGGAGUGAACAUCAUUUGCGACGCCACUGUGAACAUAAAAAGCCGUCAAACUGUGGGGCUCAGGGGCAUUUUUCCUUCCUCCGCAAGGAAUGUAUUAUCCGCACAUGGUGCAGGCGGGCGUGGCGCCUUUUCCGGGCGCUCCUGCCGGCUAUGCCGCUGCUCCGAAUCCUGGAGCAGCGGUUGUUGCCGCAGCGGCCGCCGCCCAACAACAGCAGCAGCAGCAGCAACAACAACAGCAGCAGCAGCAGGCCCAGCAGCAACAGCAACAACAGGUGGCCGGCGGAGCACCGAACGCCGCGGACAGUUUGUCCAUGGCAGUGGCAGCGGCAGCGGCCAAACAGUCUGCUGAUCCAGUGACCCAAAUGAAAUCGGGCAGCGAGGCAGCCACAGGAUCUGGCAGCAGCAAUAACAACAACAACACAGCCGGGGCAGGAGCAGCAGGAGCGCCAGGAAACGCCGCAGGAUUGACCACAGAAUAUUCAAGUGGCGGCUGCGGGGGCGGCGGUGCAUCAACGGCCAAUUCGGUGGUGGUGGCCACCACCAGUGUUUCCGACGUUGUCAAUGCCUCGCUGUACAUGCAACAGAAGACAAAUCUGUCAACACAAACACAGACACCACAGUACGAGUACGACUACGAGUACGAGUACAAUGGAACCAGCCUCGCAGAACCAAGAGUCCCAGGUCCCAUUCCGCAUCAUCCACUGACAAAUGGACAUGCCGUGGAGCAAGUGCAGCAGCCACCAGAACACCAGCAGCAUCUGCAAUCAUCGCUGCCCCCACAAAAUGUGCUCAGCAUAUCCACAGUAUUGAUCGCCAAUGAGGCAGCAGAAUCACAACAGAGCUCCGCCAUGCCCAAUUCUGGAGGCGGUGGCAAUACCGGUGGCGGUGGCGGCGGCGGAGGAGGCGGCGGCACGCCCAGUUCUCCGCUCAGCAACUCCCCGUCCAGCGCAACAGCCUCGCAGGCGGGCGGCUGCGGACUGACCCUCAAUGGCAGCGCCACCGAGGGCAGUAUGUCCGGUGAUACAUCGCCGGUGGCCAGUGGUGAACCGCUCCUGCAGACGCCGCCCGCCCUCCAACAGCAGCAACAGCAGCAACAGCAGCAACAACAACAGCAACAACAACAGCAGCAACCGCUUCUGUGCAGCAGUCCCACAAUGCAGGCGAUGCAAUCGGCGGGCACCUCAGUGACGGGCAGCUCGAUAGCUUCCGGCACAUUGGCGGCCACCAGCAGCAGUGGCGUUGGCCUCUUGCCCACCACCGGUUUGGACAGCAUCGCCAGUGUUGGUGCAACAGCCGGCUGUGCCGUUGUGCCGGCCAGCACAUCGCAGGUGAUCGCCCACCUGAAUGCAGCAGCCGCCGCGGCCAGCGGCAUCAUGUCGCCCACGGCCAAUGUGGCCACUAGUCUCAGCAGCGCCCUAGUCCCGGCCCAAUCGGUGGCCGCCGUUGCAGCGGCCGCCUCCCUCGAUGCCAAAAGCCAGCCGAAGCGACUGCACGUCUCCAACAUACCGUUCCGCUUCCGGGAUCCCGAUCUGAGGGCCAUGUUUGGGCAAUUUGGCACCAUUCUGGACGUGGAAAUCAUCUUCAACGAGCGCGGCAGCAAGGGAUUCGGUUUUGUAACAUUCGCUAACAGCAACGAUGCAGAACGAGCACGCGAACGUCUACACGGCACCGUGGUUGAGGGACGCAAAAUCGAGGUGAAUAACGCCACUGCACGUGUACAAACCAAAAAAGUGACAGCAGUACCCAACGUUGUACUGACCAAAGAUGGUGCCAUACCGGCCCCAGCUCUAGUUUGCGUACAAUGGCCAGAAGCCGCCGUUGCCGCCGCAAUGCGUGGAGUGGCCAUCCAGCGCGGACACGUGGGCGUGGUCGGCGCCACCCCCUACCAUCAUCCCCAUCAUCCGCAUCAUCAUCCGGCGCUGCUGGCGGCCUCCGCCGCCGCCGCCGCCCAACAACAACAGCAACGCCAACUGGCCGCCGCCGCCGUGGCCACGGCAGCAGUCGCCCAACAGCAGCAGCAGCAGCAGCAGGCUGUUGUCCAGCAGCAACAGCAGCAGGUGGCUGCCGCCGCCCAGCAGCAACAUCAGCAGCAGCAGCAUCAGCAACAACAACAGCAGGCCGUGCAGCAGCAGCAGCAACAGGCGGUCCAGCAGCAGCAGCAACAUCAACAGCAGCAGCAGCAGCAGGCACAACAGCAACAUGCCGCCGUAGCAGCCGCCGCAGCUGCCGCUUCGCAUCCGCACAUGCAUGCCGCCCACGCCCACGCCCACGCCCUUGGCCCACAGCUGGCGCAAUUGCAAGCGGUCGCCGUGCCCACCGCCGCCAGCAAUGCUGCUGCACUGCAGCAAUCCCUGGCAGCCGCCAUCCAGAAUCCGAGCGGUAAUCCGAACGCUGCUGCCGCCGCCGCCGCCUAUGCCGCCCGUCUAUCGGCGGCCACGGGCGCCACACAAUCGCCGCAAACAGCCGCUGCUGCUGCGGCUGCUGCUUCCAUGGCCGCGUCGGCCAAUGCGGCCAACAAUGCGGCCGCUUUGCAUGGAUUCGCGCCUGUAUACUAUGAUCCCUUCUUAGCAGCCGCUGCUUCCGCUGAUCCAAAUCUACGCUUCCAGGCAGCCAAACCGGUCACUGAAGUUCCAGCCGCUCAGCCAGCCGCCAUAUUAAAUCGCCGCACUGUGACUACGCUAAACAGUAACCCACAUACGAUCAACCGCAUUCCGGUUCCACAGAAUGUUUUGGCCACUGCUCCGCUGCUAAAGACACCGCUGUCUCAGGCCCAGCAGCAGGCGUACGCCACGGCGGCCACCACCUACACGGCGGUAGCCGCCCGGGCCGCCUAUGGUGCCGCUGCCGCAGCAGCCGCCCAGCCGGCACUCGCCGGCUACGCCACCGUGGCUGGAUAUGCGCGCGAAUAUGCAGAUCCUUAUCUAGGACAUGGCAUUGGACCAGUUCCUGGAUACGGGGCAACCAUGUACCGCGGUGGAUUCAAUCGUUUCACGCCAUAUUAAGAACAAUCUACGCCAGUCAGCCAAAAAACGCACUUGAACUACUCUCGAUGAAAAUGCUCAAUAUCUGAACAAAGCAAAGCAAAGCAAAGCAAAUAAGUAACUUAGACGUAAAUACUCCUCCCUACGUGCAGUAAGUAGAAGUUACAACUAAACCGAUAGAUGCAGGAUACUCAACACCCAACAGCAGCCACGACAACACCAACAACAGACGCUCAAUGUCCUUGGAGAGUUGAUAAUCAAAGCUAAGCAACACAGAAACAAAAAGAACAUAAACAAAUCAAUGUCGUCCAAUAAAAGCAAAAAAAGCUAAACCAAAAAGGAAAAUAUACGCCGCUAAACGCAGUUCUAUGGAGUUUAUAUAAGUAAACCAAACAAAAAAAAAAGAUUACAAAAAAAAUAUUAAAACAUAAAUUCAAAUUGCAAAAUAGUUUUGCAGAGAAUGAAAAGAAAAAUGUGCUUCAUGCGUAGAUUUUUACCAGAACAAAAGCUGAAACUUUGUGCGGCAGUUCAGAAUUUAUAUAUGUAUACAUAUAUAUAUAUAUAUAUUACCGACAUGAUAUAUAGUUAUUAUACAUAGGCAUUGUAUUUGUAUAUCAAAGCAAACCAGGAAAAAGAGCAAUGUUUUAGGUACUUUUCAUGCUGAAACAUCAUCAAAAAGAAAUUAUAUAUACAAAAACCCUCGGUUGUUGAUUUUCAAAACUUCGUUGAACUAAGUUAGUCCUUAUGAUUUACAAAUUAUUCUAAAACAUUAGCAUUGUAGUAUGUAGUAAGGGAAAGUAACAAUGCAGACACAUCAACAAAUCAAAUUGUAUAUUAUUUGCGAACUGUUAAAGCACAAACAAACAAAAAUUAUAUACAAUAUAUUUAUUCGUAUGUACUUUUAGAUUGAUAUCUAUAAUUUGAUUACCCAAAGAAUACUCAUUUCUGUAUUGUACUGUAUUGUCAACGAAUUUAAUUUUAAUGCAUUGCUUGGUUGUUCCUAAUAAUUUUAUAUUUUGGCAGCUAAAACCACUCACACCACACUCAACUCACGACUCAAUUCGAAUUGCUCAAAAAAAUCGUAGCGCAUAGGUAAAUGCAAAAGAUCAACACGUAGACAUAUCCUUGGAAUAUACAAUAAUAUUUACUUUAAAUGCCGCCAUAGCAGCAAAGCAACAAAAAAAGAAAAUGGAAAAAAAAAAAAUAUAUAUAUAUAUAUUAGUUUUAAAAGGUCAAGCUUCCAGUGACAAAAAGCCAUUGAUGAAUGAUGUGGAAAUCGAAUAAUAAGCAUUAAAAAUUACAAUUUUUAGCUCUUACUCCGUAGCACUUUCCUUGUGUGUUGUGUAAAGAAACAAAACAAACAAACAACAAAUUGCAAAAAUUGAAAAAGAAACGACGUUUCGAUGUUGUUCAUUUUCGGUGUAGACCGAAGCGAAACUUCCCUAAGCAAACUAAGAAUUUAUUUUAUACACACUCGAAUCUAAAUGCACACAAGAAACGAAAAUGAAAUCACUUUUAACGUUGUGUACUUUUCAAAUGUUAAAGAUUAAAAUGCUCAAUGGAAAACAACCAAACCAACUUUGAUUCUUAGGCAGCUACUGUCGUCAAAUUUAAACUAGUUGUUUAUCAACCGUACUAUGCUAAAACAAAACAAAAAACAAAACCAAGCUACUAUUGUGUGUGUGUAAUCGUGCAAUUCUUUAGGUGUUCUUCGAAUUUCCUUAAAAAAAACCUACUACCAAUUACUUGAAUUGAGGGAAAAGUGAUGAAUGACAAUUUCACCAACUCCAAAGAGCUUCAACUUUGAUGGUUUUUAUUUAGCUUAUCACUUAGCAACUGUCUCAGAUUGUACAUAUUUACGAUGACAUGGUAUUUUCAUCUUAUUCCUCUCAACAACGCACACACAAAACAACACACAACACACACGCACACAGGCCAGAGUCCUGGGAAAUCGAAGCAAUUUAUGGCAA